UCAAAAAAAGAAAACCCACCCCAAACAAAACUGGAAAGCAACGAUGUCUUUUUCACAGCUUGGAUAUCCUUACAACACGUCUUCUCAGUUUUUCGUCUCAGCCACCUCUAGUACCACUUGCUGUGACUCAGGGACCCGAUCCGUCUCCGAUGUGUCCUCGGGAUCUUCUUCCCAAACGGCCACCCUCUGCUGCCCCUCUUACGAGAACAGGCUGUUGGCCGGCUCCAGGACGGACCUCAAUGCGGCGCUGGGGAUGUACGGCUCGCCCUACGCAGCUGCGGCUGGCCAAAGUUACGCCAAUUACCUCCCGUACGGAGCGGAUCCGUCCACACUGUACACCACGCUGAACUCCCAGUACGACAUCAAGGACGGCUCCUCCGCUUUGCACGCGGGGAUUGCACAGCCCACGGCCGCCGCCUACUACACCUACGAGCAUUCCUUUGGGCAGUACCAAUACGACAGAUAUGGAACAGUGGAUUUUAGCAGCUCAGCCAGACGCAAGAAUGCCACCCGAGAGACCACUAGCACUUUGAAGACGUGGCUGUAUGAGCACCGGAAAAACCCCUACCCUACCAAAGGAGAGAAGAUCAUGCUGGCCAUCAUCACCAAGAUGACCCUCACUCAGGUCUCUACCUGGUUUGCCAAUGCUCGGAGAAGGCUCAAGAAAGAGAAUAAGAUGACCUGGUCUCCAAAAAACAAAGCAGGAGAAGAGAGGCGAGAGGAUGGGAGAAGGAAUGGUGAAGACUGUGGCAGUGAAAAUGAAAGCAAAGAUCCCAAAAGAUGCAAAGAAGAAAAGGAAUUGCAGUUGAGCGAUCUGGAGGACUUGGACGAGGAGGAGGCUGAAAUCAAGCUGGAGGCUGAGCCGAAGCAUCCACACCAAGAAGUCCCUGGUGUGGGCAGCACCUUGGCCGAGACAGAAAAAAACAACUGCAACCUUAGCCUGCCCAGCCACUUUCAGGCCUUCCCCUGUGCCAAAGCUGACUUGGCACUUACGGGGGACUUCCUUGGCCACAAGGGAGGAGCCACCUUGGUGGGUGGCCUUGGAAAUCAUGGCCAACCCUACGAAGCCCCUGAGAAGCCCAGGAUCUGGUCUUUAGCUCACACAGCAGGGGCCAAUGUGAUUGUGGGACCCAUGAGCCAUCCUGCUCAAAGGACAGAGAGCCCUGACUGUUUGGUGCUAAGGGGAAGGCCCCCUGGGGCUGUGGGACAAUGCGGUGAGGAGAGGCCCCUGGGCAGCCUUGUGAGAACACAGUCUAUUCAUGACAAGGCCUUGGAAGAGCUGGCUCAACCGACCAAGAUCUUUAAGAAUUCGACCUUCAACCUGCAGUCCAUCUCUUUAAACUAUGCUUCCUAUCCCAUGCUGGGCGAGACCUGUCAGUAUUCAGCAGGAACUGAAGGGUUUGGGAGAAACAUGAGAGGUACUCAAGGUUCCCUAGACCUAAGCGAAGUCUGUCUCAGUCAGCAUAAAGACAAACUGAGAACAGCUUUCAGGCCAGUGCUGAAGAGGUGAGAAAGGCUCAUGAAAUCCAGCAUGCUGGUGAAACAUCUCAAGAAGAUUUGGAACUUGCAGGCUUUCAGAAGGAACACCCGUCAUUCCCAAUGCAAAUUCCCUUUCUCCCUUUCUCUCUGUGCGUAUGUAUGUGUGUUUCUUCUCCCUCUCUCUUUCUCUCCACACCCUCCAAAGCAUGAACUGCAGCUACAGCUUCUCAUGGUAAUGGAAGAGAAGAGAUGAUAUUAUAUAUGCACAACUUUCAAGGGACACCAGAGGAAGUCCAACCAGGAAAGCAGCUGUAGGGUCUUGUCUGUGCUACAUUAUAUGAACACAUCCCACACACUGAAUUUUGCCACCAGAUAUAUAAUUGGACUAGUAAUGUCUAGUAAGUUUCAAAAAAAGUUUCAAAAAAUGCAUCCUGAUUUUUGGGGAGGCUUUGGCUUCUGUAAUAGACCUACAUUGUCUUCUGUGAGAGGCAAGCUGUCAACAUGGUUGCUGAGAGAUCGUUCAAUCUUCCUCUGUUCCUCAAAAAUCUAUGUGGGAUAUCGGAGUUCUUCUUUCUUCCUCCAUCCUUUCAAAAACAAACAAAAAUGACACUUUUAAAAACCCCUUUGUCUUUUUUAUUUUUUAAAUAAGAGGUAUUUGUCAGCCAUGUUGUCAUGUACUCUGAAGGGGAUUCUUUGGUAGUGCAAAAUGCAAGUCUGUUAUUUUCUGUCCUUGUACAAAGAUAUCACAGGAAAGUAUUUUUUAAAGUCUCUAAUUAAAAACCAAACAAAUGAA